GGAACGGGCACGCACGGGCAGCCUUAUUUCACGAGCAUCGUACAUCACCGCUUCCCCCGCCACCCCUCGUCAUCAUCGCUGCGUCCCCAAGCAUCGCUUAUACGCACCCGUCGCCCCGUGUUUUCCCUCGCUCCAAGAACAGAUAUCCUUCCCCGGCCGCCCGCAAUCGUCAACGAAACCCACCGCCGCAAACAUGUCUGAGAAGCAGGCAGAAACCCCGUCUGCCCCGCGGGAGAAGCUCGAGGCUCAGAUCAAGUCCGCCGACAUGACGGACGACAUGCAACAAGAGUCGAUCGAAGUUGCCCAGGAGGCCAUGGCCAAGUUCACCAUUGAGAAGGACAUUGCUCAGCACAUCAAGCGCACAUUUGACGAGCGCAAGGGCCCGACCUGGCACUGCAUCGUUGGCCGCAACUUUGGUAGCUUCGUGACGCACGAGACGAAGCACUUCAUCUACUUCUACCUCGGCCACUGCGCCAUCCUCCUCUUCAAGACCCAGUAGAUCUUGACCGAAGACGAACGACGCAGCCGAUGCACGAACCACGAGUCACGAACCGAGCGAGCCGUUUCCCCGCUGACCACAUGAAGAGAGUCGAGUGAUGCGGGAGGGGCCGGACAUGCGCAAGGAGUGAGGAGCCUGGAUUUCUUUGGCAGCCACGCGCAAGAAGAGGGACGAGUUUGCGUGCGAUUUGCAGAUGUGCCUGAGGACAGGAAGCGUCGCGUUUUGUCAUGUUGCGUUUUGCACCGUCAUAUUCGCUAGAUUGCGAACAUGAAAGGCCUCUUGAUGAAUAAGCUCAAGAUGGUCCUCGUCGCCCGACCGCUCCCGAAUCUUCUUGCCUCGCGCUGUGACGGAAACGACACCCGAGCAGCCUUUCUUAUCAGAGGGCAUCGUGGGACCAAACUCGUGUGUGUGUGUGUGAUCCCUCACCAAUGAGCACCAGCUCGGUUCCCAACGGGCGGCAUGUCUCAGGAACACCCGAGCCGGGACGUCGGUUCCGUCCGCGAGAACCUCGCUAAUAACAUGCAAGCGAGCGCGGCUGCCAUCUAUUCGACGAAUGACCCGGAUGCCACACCCAUUCUCUGCGGCCCGACUGCGCGAU